AUGGGGGGCGUCGGCCCCAAGCUGGUGGGCUUCCUGGCGAACACGGACCCCGCCGCCAAGAAGUAUGCUGAGUGGACGGGGAAGGCCAUGAGUGCGGACAACCUUCGCUUCGAGCUUAGAGAGGUGCAGGAAUCCAACCUCGAGGACGGGAGACCCCGGCAGACCUUGGUCGUUGGCCUUGGAGCCGACUCUAAGAGGCUGGCCGCCAUGGCCUCCCCCAAAGACAAGGAAGAGCUCGAGAAGGCCAACAAAGAGGAGAUUUGCCCGCAGAAGCAACUCACUUUCAACUUUUGCAUGGAGUUGCCAGGGCUUUCAGGGAACCCCCCAGUGGAUGGCAUCAUGAUCUACUACCCGGUCUUCGGGCAGAGACCCAGCUUCCACGGCGGCUCUCAUGAUGACUACCUCCGCGACACGGUGUCGCCCUACAAGGAUGCCGAAGGCUUGAACCACUUCUACCGCCGGGCGCUCUACCAGAACAAGCGCUACGUGGACUCUGAGAGCACGAAGAAGUGCGUGCUGCCAUGCACUCCACUGGCCGUUGCCAAGAGCUCAGAAGAUCUGGCUCCGGUGAAGACCUUGGAGCAUUUGCAGGUCUACGACCCUUCCUUGCCCGUGGGUGAGCGCAUGACGGGGAAGACGGCCGUGGUGGUGAACAGGUCCGAGGUGGUGGGACGACCCGUGGCGGCCAUGCUGGCGUGCGGGGUCUCAGGGAGUGGACGGAUGGGGUGUGGAUGGAUGGCCUACCAAACAGGGAUGGCCUACCCGGUGGGGGUGGCCUACCUGGUGGAUGGCCUGGUGCCGGGUGUGUGGGGAGAACGCCUCAUGAGGUUUCCAGCAUUCACCAAAAACCGUGUUUUUCUUCCGAAGGUGCUGCAUAGAGCAGACAAUUCCGGCGUGCUAUAG